UGACCUGACAUUGAGCUAACAGCAGCUAGCAGGGACGGGACCGGCGGUACCGACGUUUAACGGACAGCUGUUUGGCACCAAGCUGGCUGUGUAGGCUGCGGCAGCCCGGACCGUUCAGGACAUCGAAGAGUCGGUCACAGCAGAGAAGAUCCCUCCUCCAGCUCUGGGUGCCUACGUGCGAGCUGUGAAGAGCUGAUGGCCGCCGCGUGAGCCUCGUAGCUUCCGGAUGAAGACAGAAGGAAAAUUCGGCGACGUUGUCCCGUCUUUCAGGAUGUGUGCGGUCACCCAGUGUCAGCAGGCUCAGGAGGAGCUUGAAGAUGCCAUCAAUGCAGUGAUGAAGGCGGAGCAGCAGCUCAGAGAGAACGCCCGUGAGGUGCGCUCGGAGCUGCAGAGCUGUGUGAGUCGUCAGCAGGAGGCGCUGCGCUGCAGAGAGGUUUGGCUGCUGGGUCAGAUCGAGCUGCUGGAACAAGUGAAGACUGAAACGCUGCAGCAGCAGCUUCACCAGCUGCACCGGCUCCGAGGUCAGUUUGAUGUGAUCAUCCAACAGCUUCAUAACAACAAUAGCAACGACCUGAACAACCAAUUGACUGCCUGCAUGGAGAAGUUGUCUUCUUUGAAUCUGACACCCGAGGAAACUCCUGAUAUGAGUUUCAAUGCUGACACUCGAUCUCUAAGGCAGGCUAUCACUUCAUUUGGCCGCAUCACCGCACAGAUGUCAGAGGGUGUGGCUUCCACAAGCCCCGCCCACCAGGGGGCAUCAAUGCAGAGCUGUCCAAUGGGAGCUCAGAAGAAGAAGGUGGAGGGCGGAGCUCUCUCUGAUUGGCUUCUGGAGUCUCACCCAAGUCGAAGCAGUGCCUCCAUUGGUUACCAGUCCAGCAUGAACCCGCAGGAUUGGCUGCUGUCCCACAAGCAGAGCCAGACUUCCUGUCCCGUGCUGAACUCGAUGGACUUCCUGCAGGCCUGGGGUCAGCUCAAGGACCUGGAGGCGUGGCUUCUGCAGGACCACACCCCCAUGGGCCGCCAGCGAGUGGACAGCAACUGCAGCUCCUCCUUCUCCAUUGAGAAGAUCGACGAAUCAGAGUUUACCUCCAGUCCCGAGGAAGAGGAGCUGAGCGACUGGCUCAUCACCCCACCUACCGUUGCCAUGGAGACCAUGUCGGAUGCCGAGCGAUGGCGACGUGUGCUGAAGCCGUUCGAAGGGGGCUGGUCUUCCAGCGAGUGGCUCGUGGAGACGAGCCGGCCGGCUGACUGCACCUCCUGCUGUCAGACCAGCCGGCCGCUGGAGAUCGAGAACCUGGGCCAGCUCAAGUGCUUGAAAAGCCCGCCCUCCUCUGGCCCCGCCUCCCCGGCUUCUGCGCUGCCUGCUGUGACAGCAGCGUCCGCGUUGGAGGCGUGGCUGCAGCAGGCAGUGCCGGUGCCACAGACCUGCAAGGCCAACGAGCUCUGCUCCACCUACAGCGACUGCGUCUGCGAGGACAACUGCGGGCGCCAAGCGCUGAGCCGCUGGCUGCUGCAGCAAGACGGCCGAGACAAGAACGGAGUUUCACUUGCCAAGAACGCCCCACCCACUGCCAAGAACGCCCCACCCACCCUGUUCCACAAAGAGCAGGAGCAGAAGGUUCAGGCCAUCCUGGAGGCCUGGCUCCACCCUGGAACCUCCUCCUGCAAGACCCCCUCUCUGUCGGCCUGGAUGGCCCCUGGAGAAGAGAAGGCCAGCAGAGAGGAGCACAGCUCCUUCACCUCGUCCACUCUGUCUCCUUUCCAACACCCUCUGGAUCCAGACCUCUGGGUUUGUCCGGAAAAGACUGCCACUCCCGCUCCGGCCUCUGGAGGUCCCACUGAGGACGAGGACAAGUGGCUCCUGAAGAAGAGGAGCCAGGCUCAGGAGCGUCUGGUGCUGCCAACCGUGUGUGACCUUUUCUCUUGUAUGAAGAUGGGCGGAGAUAAAGAAAGGUGGCUGCACAGGACUCCUGUACAGAUGUGAUGACCAUGAACAUAAUCACAGUGUGACAUCAUCACCGCUGCCUUCUCCACUUCCUGUGACAUCACCUGCCUCUUCCAAUCAGGAUCCAGAAUGGACCCAUUCAGAGUCAGCAGGGACAGGGUUAAUUUUAGAGACAAAGCUUUGAAUUCGUUUGGCUCUUAUUAAAACGAAGAAAUUUUACUUUCAUCCUUGUGUGAGCGGACUGCAGGCUCUGGUUUGUUCAGCGUCUGAUUGGUCGGCCUGCAGUCAUGUGACUGCUGAUUGGUGCUUUCCGUUGUAGCUGUGCUGUUAUUCUUUUUUUUUUUCUUUUCUUUUUCUUCCAUUGCUUAAUCAUAUAAAGCUGUGAUUGGAUGAUUGUAGUCAUUAUUAAAAAUGCCAACAUCAC